AUGUCUCUUUACCAUGAGGCAGCAGAGAUUUUAACUGGGUCUUCAUCUGAAGGAGGAAGUCUCAAGUCCCGUGUGUUCAAGAAGAAAAAUCUCAAAUCUGCACCCAAUCAGAUUUACGCUCUGGUACUAGAAAGCUGCAAAUGGAGCCCUAUCCUAAAAGAGGUUAUUGAGAAAUCAGAACUUCUGAAGCUCGAGCGAAAACUCACUCCAACAUUGUCAUUACUUCUCGUUCAUGACCUCCUGCUAGCCAAAAAGGGAAUUGCCCUUCCCCAAACUCAUGGACUUCGCGCAUCUGUUGAAAGACACAAAGGACGUAUCAGCUCGGAAUUCAAACUUGCGCGGCUUCGUAGAAAGGUACCCUCGCUUAAAGCUUUGAAAGAACAAGUUGAGAGGGAUUGUGCUGGCGAGGAAGCAAACUAUCCCCGUUGGGUUCGUGUCAAUGCUGUCAAAGGCACUCUUGAAGAACAGCUCGAGACGACAUUUUCAAGAUAUUCCAGAGCUACUUCUAUCAAGGAGGUCGUCACUAAUGCUGGAAGACAUAUCUACAUUGACCCGCAUGUGCCAAAUCUACUGGCAAUCACUGCGGGAAUCGACCUUACGAAAACAGAGGCCUACACGUCUGGUAAAAUCAUUCUUCAAGAUAAAGCAUCUUGUUUCCCGGCCUAUCUCUUGGACCCUAAGUCUGAAGAUGGAGACCUUAUUGACGCAUGCUCCGCCCCUGGCAACAAGACAACUCAUCUAGCAGCUAUUCUCAAGGAACACAGACCUGAAUUUGAUACACCAGAGCAGACAAUCUAUGCAUUCGAGAAAGAUUCCAGACGAGCGCAGACUCUUGAUAAGAUGGUCACGAUAGCAGGUUCAAAGCCGGUAACCAAGAUUGGAUUCGGUCAAGACUUUCUACAGGUGAACCCUACAGCGGACAAGUACAAAUCAGUUGGGGCCUUGCUCCUAGAUCCUAGUUGCUCAGGGAGUGGUAUUGUCGGGCGAGAUUCGAUGCCAGAGCUUCAUCUCCCAGAAGGGCCUAGUAGCGCAGCGAAGGGGCCAACACCCAAGCCGAACAACCGCAAACGAAAACACGAGCAGGUUGAGACACAGAGCGACAGGGUCAUGAUAGACGAUGAUGGCAAUGAAACAGCCAUCAAGUCAGAGAAGGACCUAGAAGCUCGACUGGAGGCUCUGUCCUCUUUCCAACUCGUUCUUCUCUUGCACGCCUUCCGAUUCCCUUCAGCGAAAAAAAUCACAUACUCGACUUGCUCUAUUCAUAUGCAAGAGAACGAGCGUGUUGUCAUGAGAGCUCUCGAAUCGGACAUUGCCAAAGAAAGAGGCUGGCGCAUUCUUGCACGAAAAGAUCAAGUUUCUGGUAUGAGAGAGUGGCCCGUUCGGGGGCUCCAGGAAGCGUGUGAGGGCGAUAAAGAGAUUUUAGAAGGCUGUAUUCGAUCUUACAAAGAUGAUGGACAGGGUGUAAUGGGAUUCUUUGUCGCUGGUUUUGUGAGGACUGGUGAAGGAAAUCCCGACACUGCCGAUGAUGAGGGUCCCUACAUGCGGGAUGAUAGUGGCGCCAUCAUUCGUGAUGUACUCGGCAUGCCCGUCCUGAAGUCAACUGGCGAACCUGUCUCGUUAACUUCAAGAGAUGAAGAUGAUGUUAUGGAGGGCAAGGGGUCCGGAGAAGAAGAGGAGGAUGUUUCAGAAAGUGAGAGUGAUUCUUCAGAUCAAGAUUCGGAGGAGGAUGAAUGGGAUGGUCUUGGAGAUUGA